AAUUCAUACUCUCACCUCGGAGUAAUCCACAAUCUGCACAUCUGGCCGUGAAUUGUGAAUGGCCAUCAAGGUGCAUCUCCAAGUACCUCCAGUUAGUCCAAAAACAAGACACCCGUCCUUCAUCCCACAUCUGAGCUCGCUUCAAGCUCAAUGUCGCGCUGAAGAGGUUCACUUGUCACCGAGGGCAUGACGUGAUGUUCAUGGCACACAGCAACCGCGGACAACCAAUCACGGCUCCUUGAUUACAGUCUUUCGUUGAUCCGAUCCCAUCUCUCGUCGUAUCGGACAGUCCAUCUGAACCCUCUUCUUCACCUUUAACCCUCUCCCGCUCUUCAGUCUUCCCCAUAUCAGGUCUUUGCGUUGGACUGCAGCCAUCGGAUGACAUGAUCGCACUGCCGCGUCUCUCCCGACCCCUCUCUCGACCCCUCUCGGCCUGCCAGCGACAACUUCUCUCGACCCGAUCCUCUCUUUUGCGCACUCCGACGACAACACAACCAGAAACCCUCCGUCUCUUCUCUUCGACACCACAUACCGCAAUGGCGCAGGAAUACAAGCUCAAGGGCAUCACCUCUCUCGACCUCCAACCCGGCGAGAAGCACGAGGUCGAGGUUGAGGGUCUGGAUGCAAAGGUCCUCCUCCUCAACGCCGCCGGCAAGACACAGGCCAUCGGCCCACGAUGCACUCACUACGGUGCCCCCUUGGCUAAGGGUGUUCUCGGCCACAACGGAAAGCUGACUUGUCCCUGGCACGGAGCCUGCUUCAACACCACAACCGGCGAUAUCGAAAACGCCCCCGCCCUCGACGCUCUUCCUGUCUUCAAGGCCACCGAACGCGACGGCGCUGUAUACAUCACCGGCGAUGCCGAGAUGAUCAAGGCCGGCCAUCGCAAGCCCAAGUUCAAGUGCAAGGUUGCCGGAGCUCCCAUGGCCGACAAGGUUGUCGUUGUCGGUGGUGGCUCCGGUGCUUUGGCUGCCGUUGAAGGAUUGCGCGAGCUGGGCUUCUCUGGGCCCGUCACCGUGAUCACCAACGAGGGCUACUUGCCCAUUGACCGCCCCAAGCUCAGCAAGACGCUCAUGACCGACCUCAACAAGCUGCAAUGGCGCGAUGCCGAAUGGUUCAAGAGCGGAGACGUCGACUUUGUCCAGGACGAGGUGGUCGGUGUCGACUUUGGCAGCAAAACGGUCAAGACCAAGUCGGGUCAACAAUACCCCUACUCUAGACUGGUCCUUGCUACCGGCGGCACCCCCAAGCUUCUGCCUCUCCAGGGCUUCCAGGUCUUGGGCAACAUCUUCACUCUGCGCAAUGUCCGCGACGCCAAGAACAUCAGCGAGGCUAUUGGAGAGAAGGGCAAGAAAAUUGUCAUCAUCGGUUCCUCCUUCAUCGGCAUGGAGCUCGCUGCUUGCACGUCCAACGGAAAUGAUGUGACCAUUAUCGGAAUGGAGAAGGAACCCUUGGAGCGCGUGCUCGGGGAGCGCGUGGGCGCCAUCGUCAAGAAGAACAUUGAGUCCAAGGGUGUCAAGUUCUACAUGUCGGCCGGCGUCGAAAAGGCCGAGCCAUCAACAGCCGACCCCUCCAAGGUUGGCUCAGUUCAUCUCAAGGACGGAACCAAGCUUGAUGCCGAUAUCGUAAUUCUCGGCGUUGGUGUCUCGCCAGCUACCGAGUAUCUCAAUGACAAUAGCGUUGUCCGCCUUGAGGAUGAUGGUAGCUUGAAGGUUGACGAGAACUUUUCAGUCGUUGGGCUCAAAGAUGUUUACGCCAUUGGUGACAUUGCCUCUUAUCCCUACCAUGGCCCCGGUGGUGACGGCAAGUACGUCCGUAUUGAGCAUUACAACGUUGCUCAGAACGCCGGUCGCACAGUGGCCAACCAUAUCGUGCACCCCAACCUUCAGCCCGAGUUCUUUACCCCAGUGUUCUGGAGUGCCCUUGGUGCACAGCUGCGUUACUGUGGAAACUCGUACCAUGGAUGGGACGACCUUGUCCUCCAGGGCGAGCCUGACCAGGGCAAGUGGGUGGCUUAUUACACCAAGGGAGAGACGGUUGUGGCCAUGGCAAGUAUGGGUAAGGAUCCCGCCAUGGCUCAGUGCGCCCAGAUGAUGCAGCUUAACAAGAUGCCGAGCAAGUCACAACUGAAGGAUGGACUGGAUGUCCUCAGCCUUGGACCUCCUCAGUAAGCCGAUAUUCCGUGGAGGAUAUUUCGAGGAGAAAGGAGGAGGCACCCAAAUAAUGACGGUUUAUGUUGUGAUGAUCAUUUACUACUUUCACUUAGCAGGCUACUCUAAUACAUAGUACGGUUCCAUACAUCCCAUUCACAUUUCGCUUUGAUGAAGAUGGAGGCAUAUCAUCAACCAUGGUCGUGCUCAUGUAGCCCUAAC